AUGCAAGACACUCCAAGGGCGCCAGCCCUCGUCUCAGACGCAGAAAAGACGCCCGACAUCAACAUCCAAACCCUCGGCAUUUCGCCGGCCGACCUCCCCAUCGACAACGACGACGAGACCCUGCAGAGGAUCCCCUGGUCCUACAAAUGGAUCGCCCUCCUCUGCGUCGUCUCUCUGCCCAUCGGACACACCUGGACCGGCUCGGCCCUGGGCCCGCUCAAGAACACGCUGCGCAACGAGCUCGGCGUCAACAACGCGCAGUUUGGCGUCAUCAGCAGCGCCGACGCCUUUGUCAACACCGUGUUCCCCAUCGCGGGCGGGCUGGUGCUCGACUGGUGGGGGCCCAACCUCGUCACGCUAUGCUGCACCGCCGUGAUCCUUGUCGGGUCCGUGGUUGCUGCGGCGGGCGUGCAGGUUGGGCUGUGGAGAGUUCUCGUGAGCGGGCAUGUGCUCAUGGGGUUCGGUAUCGCGGUGCUUGAUUCGGCUACGCAAAAGUUCUUCUACCACUGGUUCGGCGCAUCAGGCCUCGCCUUCGCCUUUGGUCUCGAAAGUGCCAUUGCCAAUACCAUAAGUCUCGUCUCGGGCAUGGUAGCCAUCCCCAUCCGUGACGGAACGGGCUGGUACGGCUGGACCUUUUGGAUCCCCGUCUUCUUCUGUGGCUUCUCCCUGGCGGUGAACGUGGCCUACGUGACCUUUGAGCGCCUCGCCGUCCCGCCACGCUUCCGACUGACAUCAGGUCGGGCCCAAGCCAUCGCUGAGCAGCAGAACCUGUCGGACCGGCGCCGUUUCUCCUGGGACGCGCUCUUCGCCCUGCCCUGGGCCUACCUCAUGCUCCCCGCGACGCAGCUGCUCCAGAGCGGUGCCGCGGGCGGGUUCAGCACCAGCUCGGCCGACAUCAUCUUCAUGAAGGGGUACACGGAGGCGGUGGCGGGCUAUCUUUCCACGGCGCAAAAGAUCUUGCCCAUCGUGCUGAGCCCCUUUGUCGGCCUCGCCAUCGACAAGUACGGACACCGGUUCCACUACGUGGCGGCGGCGCCUGUGCUGUGGAUUAUCGCUUGCUCCAUGUUGGGUUUCACAGACGUCCACCCGCUCGCGGCGCUCGUGUUUUCCAGCUUGGCGGGCGUGAUCAACUCGAUGCCCUUGCAGAUCUGCAUCCCGCUCCUGGUGGCCGACCAAGCAAAGAUUGGAACGGCGUUUGGGGUGUGGCGGGCUUUUAACAACUCGGGGUCGACUAUUAUGGAUGUCGUCUUUGGCGCGCUCCAAGACGGUACGGAGGGGAACGGGUACUCCCAGGUCCUGACCGUCGCGAUUGCCAUCAAGGCUUGGGCUUUUGUUUUGGGGCUGUCGUACAUCUUUGUCGAUUAUCGGUUCUUGGGCAAGGGCAUGACCUUGACCAGGAAACAGAGACAGGCGAGGGAGGCUGUGAUUGUGGACAGACAGGCGGACCCGUUGACGAGACGGACGUCGAAGAAGUGGUUCACUACUUUGACGUUUGGCCUACUGAUUGCCAUCAUUGCUAGUGCUUGGGCCGUGUUUGUGAGAUAUUUGAUUUGA